UCCGCGCCGCUGUGGGGCGAGAAGCGGGCGGGAGUCCGGCCUCGGCCUGGACGGCCCCGCGAGGACAGGGCGUAGCGGCCGGCCGGGGGCCGGGGAUGGCGGUGCGGGGCCCGGAGGGGGUGUCGGUGACCUUUGAAGAUGUGGCUGUGACUUUCACUCCAGAAGAGUGGGGGCAGCUGGACCAGGCUCAGCAGAACUUGUACCAGGAGGUGAUGCGGGACAUCCGUGGGCUGCUCGGCUCCCUGGGGUGUUCUGUUCCCAGACGUGAGCUGAUGAGCCUAUUGGAAUGCAAACAGGAGCUGUGGACAGUGAACCUCCAGGGCACCUGUCCAGGUGACAAAGGAACAUGUAAGAACACCAAAGCUGACACGUGUGCCCCAGCCCUGUCUGAAGGAGUUUCAGUGCCUGGGCAGCUGAGUCAAGGAGCCUCAGAAGACCCCCGGGCAGUGCGGACCAGGGAUCGGGCUGGGACCUCGGAAGUACAAGAAGGACCCCUGGGACUGCGGGUGGACCUGCAGAGAGAGAAGCCUCCCGGGAAAGCGGUCCCUGCCGGUGAUGUGUUAGGGCUAGUUGAUGGCCUGUGUUCCCGCGUUGUACAGGAGCAAGUCGCUUUGGGAAAUACUGUCCCUGAGCACCGCUCCGAAGGACAAAAGCCCAGGCCUCAAGAGGAAGGAAAUAUCUUCAAAUGCAGUGAAUGUGGGAAGGUGUUUAACAAGAAACGCCUCCUUGCUCAACACGCAAGAAUUCACUCUGGGGUGAAGCCCUACGAGUGCAGAGAGUGUGGGAAGACCUUCAGCAAGAGCGCGUACCUCCUGCAGCACCACAUGGUCCACACCGGGGAGAAACCCUACAAGUGCAUGGAGUGCGGCAAGGCUUUCAACCGCAAGUCCCACCUCACGCAGCACCAGCGGAUUCACAGCGGGGAGCAGCCGUACAAGUGCGGUGACUGUGGAAAGGCCUUCACCCACCGCUCCAGUUUUGUCCUGCAUCGGAGGAGGCACACCGGAGAGAAGCCGUUUGUGUGCAAAGAGUGCGGCAAAGCCUUUCGGGACAGGCCGGGCUUCAUCCGGCACUAUAUCAUCCACAGUGGCGAGAAUCCCUACGAGUGCUUCGAGUGUGGCAAGGUGUUCAAACACAGGUCGUACCUCAUGUGGCACCAGCAGACUCACACCGGGGAGAAGCCGUACGAGUGCAGCGAGUGUGGGAAAGCCUUCUGUGAGAGCGCAGCCCUGAUCCACCACUUCGUGAUCCACACCGGCGAGAAGCCCUUCGAGUGCCUGGAGUGCGGCAAGGCCUUCAACCACAGGUCGUACCUCAAGAGGCACCAGCGCAUUCACACCGGCGAGAAGCCUUACGUGUGCGGCGAGUGUGGCAAAGCUUUCACCCACUGCUCGACUUUCAUCUUGCACAAGAGGGCCCACACUGGAGAAAAACCUUUCGAAUGCCAGGAAUGCGGGAAAUCCUUCAGCAAUAGGGCAGACCUCAUCCGACACUUCAGCAUCCACACCGGAGAGAAGCCCUAUGAGUGUGCACAGUGCGGGAAGGCCUUCAACCGCAAGUCAGGCCUCACGAGACAUCAGCGGACCCACAGCGGAGAGAAGCCCUACGAGUGCGUCGAGUGUGGGAAGAGCUUUUGCUGGAGCACCAACCUCAUCCGGCACUCCAUCGUCCACACGGAGGAGAUGCCCUACGAGUGCAGCGAGUGCGGGAAGGCCUACCGCCGCAGCUCUUCCCUCACGCAGCACCAGAGGAUGCACACCGGCCGCAAGCCUGUCCGUGCAGCACACACGGAGAGGCCGUUUGUGAGUGAGCCAGCUGCGGUCAACAUCCAGGACCUGCUUCUGGGGAAUGACUUCUUGAACGGAGCCACAAAAGAAAAUAUUUUGCAGGAGGAAGCAUCUUGUGCCUGAUCCGUGCAAUCAUUGUGAGCAUGCAGAAAGCCCACAGGUGUCUUGACUCUGAGAGUGUCAUUUCACUGUUGCGGAGUGUCACUGUCGCCUCAUCCUCCCACGAAUUCCCAAGAGCGGUCCACAGCUCUUGU